AUGUUUCUCUGCAUGUCAUGGAUUCCCCUGGUGCUGUGUGUUAUCCUGGGUCUAGUAAGUUGCUGUGACUACUUUGAUUUCCAGUGUGGAGCUCUGGCUCCAGGCGAUGUCCUUAUUGGGGUGCUAAAACCCUGUCAUGAAAAAGUGGAGGACCUGGAAAAAAGACUUGGGCCUCAGAGGUACAACUGCACAGAUUUUCAUUUGCUCUCCUUUGUUGAAACCUUGGCCAUCAUCAACACCAUUGAAACAAUCAACAACUCUGGCUUUUUGCCGGGAAUUCGUCUUGGCUAUGUUAUCUGUGACUCUUGUGCAUAUUCCAGUACUGCCUUAAAGAAGGUGCAGGAAAUGCUGACUAUUAAUGACACCCUUUCAGUCCAAUGUGACAUUGUUAAUCAACCACUGGUAAAGGUCAUCAUCGGGGAACGCUAUUCUGAGGUUUCCAUCUCUGUAGCCAGGCUUUUGAGUAUAAACAUGAUACCUCAAAUCAGUACCACUUCAUCUUCAGCAACUCUGGAUGACAAACUACGUUUCCCAUCCUUUUUGCGUACAAUCCCUAGUGACACACACCAGACCCAGGCCAUGGCCCAGCUCAUGGCCCACUACAGCUGGAACUGGGUGGGUGUUGUGUCAGGGGAUGAUGACUAUGGCAAAGCCGCUCUGCAAAGUUUCCUGAAAGAUGCAGAUGACUUGAAGGUUUGCCUCGAAUUUGAGGAGGUUCUCCCCCAAGACCUUAACAAUGCCAAUAUCCAGAGCAGAAUUCUCAAAGUAGCGAACAAAAUUGAAUCCUCCAAAGCCGAAGUUGUUUUGCUAAUCCUCAAAGAACAGGUUGUGGAGCAGCUGUUUAAAGAGAUAAUCAGGAGGGGGAUCACUCGCAUCUGGAUUGCCAGUGAUGGCUGGUCAAUGUCACAGCAUUUGACCAACAUAAAAGGCAUCAACAAGGUAGGGGGUAUUCUGGGGUUUAGCUUCAUCACAUCAAGUCCGACCCCAGGGUUCAAGGACUACCUGAAAAAUCUCACAUCAGGCCCAGGAGUUGUCAACCGCUUAAUUGAGGAAUACAAGGAUUUAAGGUUUAAAUGUACUCCUGAGGCUCAAGAGCAGAAGGAUUGUCUGGCUAAGGUACCUCCAUCCACAUGUCCCAUACCAAAAUCCUUAGAGUUCAAGUCUGAUUUGGCUUGCACACUACCCAACGCACAAGAGGCCAAUGAUGACUACUUGGUAGAUCAUGUUAAUUUGAACUUGACUUAUCGUGAGACACUGGCCACAUGGUCUAUCGCUCAUGCUUUACGGUCCCUCCUCAAAUGCAAUCAGUCUGACUGUUCAGGAGAUACACAUUUCCCACCUUGGAAGCUUCUCCAGGAACUGAAGAGGAUUAAUUUCACUAAAGAUGGGCAUACUUUUUUUUUUGACAAGUCAGGGAACUUUGUAAAUGGCUAUGACUUGAUCAACUGGGUGAGAGAUAAAAAUGGGAGAAAAUUAGAAAUUGUUGGCGGGUACAAUGUGAUGAAAAGAAUUGUGGAAGUCAAACACAACAACAUAGACUGGGGAGCGUCAAAUAAGACACAGAAGCCUAAAGGAAGUUAUCAUUUUUUGCAGACCCCUGAAUCCAUAUGUUCAAAGCCGUGCCCCCCUGGAACAGCAAAGAAAAUUGUUCAGAUACACUGUUGUUACGACUGCACAGAUUGUGAACCAGGAACUUAUUCUAAUAUUACGAACCAGGAAAACUGCCAGCCAUGUCCAAACAACACCUGGUCGAUGAAGGGAUGGGACCAUUGUGAAAAUAGGACUGAAGACUAUUUUAAAUGGAAUGAUCCUUCCGCUGUUGCACUGCUCACUAUUUCAGGGAUAGGCUUUUUGCUACUUUUUUCAGUUCUUAUUAUUCUAGUUGUUGGUCGACACAGUACUGUUUUCAAAGUGGCCGGUGGGAACCUCUGCUUUGUCAUGAUUGCUGGACUCGCAGUUAGCUUUGGAGCUGUGAUAUUGUUUGUUGGCAGGCCUACCAAUGACAUCUGCAAAUCUCGUCAGACAAUGUACGGCCUUGGCUUCACAUUGUCUGUCUCCUGUAUCUUGGUAAAGGCUUUGCGUACCUUUCUUGCUUUUCUUACUGACCCGGUACAACAUCAUAAGAUGAAAAAACUGUACAAGCCCCCUAUUAUCAUCAUCUGUGGAACAGCCAUUCAAGGAUUAAUAUGUGUCUUUUGGCUGAUUUUUGACUCACCUAAAGUUGUUCAACGUAUCUCGGAUCAGACCAUGUACAUUGAACUACAGUGCAAUGAAGGAUCCAAUUGGGGCUUUGGAAUCAUGCUAAGCUACAUCUCUUUGCUAGCCUUCAUAUGUUUUAUCCUGGCCCUCAAAGGCAGGAAGGUGCCUCAGCGCUACAAUGAAACUGGCUACAUCAUCUUCAGCAUGGUCAUUUACUUGUUUGUCUGGAUAUGUUUCAUCCCAAUAUAUGUCACUAAGAACCAACAACGUUCUGCCAUCCAAGCAUUCGCCAUUAUUGUCUCCAAUUCAGGCAUCAUAUUCUGCCACUUCCUGCCCAAGUGCUACAUGAUUCUCUGCAAGAAUAAAGAACACAUAUCCAAACAGACUUACCUUGAACGAGUACGGAUCUUCUCCAUAACCUCAACUGACUCCACGUCUGUAGCAAGACUAAGCGAUUCUACCACCACCACCAAUUUAACGGAAACAGGGGCAAACUCUGUCAAGAAGGUGUUUUCCACAAUUAACACAAUCCAAAAAUGGGAUGUUUUAAAGACAAUAGACUCAUCUUGCAACACAAGAAGAAGGUUACGGACUAAAUCUAUUUAA